UGAAGACGAACAAUGUGAAUUCAACUCAGUUUGUUGUUCGGAGUUAUGAAGAAAGUGAACAAAGUCUCGGUUUCAUUGGAUAUCGAUACUGAACCUAGUCGUACGACUGUUACUAAUUUUAAAUCCCUUUAUAUAUAUGAGAUAGCAUUUUCGCAUAUGUUUGUUAUGAAACAUAAUACAAAUAUGAGUGGUACUCAGUCAGCUAUCAUCAUUUAUCAUUUGCAAUUAAGUCGUGAAUUGAACAGACAGACAUAACCUAGUAUGCGCAUUUUAUUCGGUGAAAAAUUUACAAACCAAGAAGCAAAGAUAGAUGAUACCUAAUUUUUCUAUAGACCUUUAAUUAUGCUAUUAUGUUAGUAAAAUCCGAAGAGAUAAACUAUAGUAAGUGUAAAGUUCCAUCAAACUUCAAAUUCCAGCCGUAUACGUUAUUUCAAAUCUAUUGUACAUUGCUUGCAUCAUACUUUUAUUAAUACAACCAUCGUAUACGUUGACAUAGUUUCCUAUAAUCAUCACAACAAGUGGCACUCUGCGCGUUCGAAUUCAAGUUCAAUGUCCCGGAUACUUCAGAGAAUUUCUCGUACGUACACAUUAUACUAUUCUAAGGGGUGAUUAUGGUCAUAUCAUAUGGGCACACGAAACGUCAACAAAGAACCAGUCUUUUGUGAACUAUUUGAACCUGAUGUUUAAAGAUUUUGGAUAUGUGAUCGUGAAGAUUGCAUCUGAAGGUCCUUAUCCUGGAAAAUCUGACUUCGUUAUUAACUGGUGAGGAGCAGGGUCAUACGCAUUAAGGGUUAUUGAGCAUUACCUAAGCGUUCACUCCAUAUUUCCCAGUUGUGUAUGUGGAAACUCAACUGAGUAAAUCCUAUUCCCGCUAUUCGUCGGAAGAAGUCGUCACCUAAUGUCAUUAAAAUUUAGGCAGAGUAGCGUCAUAUCGCAUAUAUCAAGGUGUGUAUAUAUUUUGAACAUUGGGAUAUCGUGACUUGUUCCGAUUUCGGAGAUCAAAACAUGUAACGGCAGAUUUGACUAACAAACUGAUAACUUGUGCAUGCAUACAUAUUACUGAUGUAUGGGGAAGCCUAACACAUUUAAUUCAACGAAGAGUUAGCGACCUAUAAAAUUGAUGUCAACGUAUCGUUCAUGAUAUUUAAUUACAUUAUUUCCAGGUUGGUAAUUCUAACCUAUGUUAUUUUAUUAUAAGAGAAACCCAUUCUUCUGUCUAGUGAUCAUGCCUCUUAUACGAGUUCAUUGGAGAGUUUGAGCCAAUUGUCCGGUCUCGGUAGUUUUCAUUUUAGCACAUUGCAUAAUUGAAUAUCAUCCAUCUAUCAAAAUUCUUCUCUUUCAUUUCAAAAGUUGAAUAUUUGCCCAUCAAUUCAUAAAACCUAUUUCAUACCAAUUAUAUUAUUUAGUACUGGUGUUAUACUCAUUUGUUUUAAUCAAAAAGACAUGUUUUAUUAAUCAUAAUCAGUCCGAUGGAUAGCGAAGAUUCAUAUGAUGAAAGUUCUAUCUCGACCAGUGAAUCAAGUUUUUCGACAUGUAAUUCAUCAGAUUCUUCCGACUUUACUGAACAACAAUUUCAACACAGAAACAGGUUGAAAGGUCCUAUAAUAAAGUCAUUCCCUGUAAGAAGAACAAAGCUCAAUGUGUGUGCCAAUAAAGGCUCUGUAUCGGCCCAUAGGAAGCGCACUCUUAGUCAGGUGUCCCGUGGUGAGUCUUUUCUUAAUUUAAGUUCUACGAAUUCGGAAUAUGGAUGGUUACCUGGUCGUGAACAAGAAUUUGAAAAUAUUUAUACAUUCAUACUCAAUAAACUGUCUCAAAAUUCUGGCGGCUGUAUGUAUAUAUCUGGUAUUCCGGGUACUGGUAAAACAGCAUCAGUUCAAGCGGUGCUGUCAACAAUGCAUAAAUUGGUUGCUGAUUCAGGUUUGGAAAGCCAAAUACCCACAUUCCAAGUAAUCUAUGUUAAUGGCAUGCGUGUCAGUGAUCCUAAGCAGGUUUACGUGGAGAUAUAUGAACAACUAACUGGUUUAACUGCAACUGCAAAAUGUGCUUCUGACUUGUUAGAAAAAGAAUUUUGUCAUAAUGUAAUUAAAAAAGUAUCUCAUAGUAAAGUUUCUGAAAAGCCAGUUGUUUUAGUCAUUGAUGAAUUGGAUUUGUUAUGUACUCGUCGACAAGACAUACUCUACAGUCUUUUUGAUUGGCCUACACGCCAUAACAACCAUCGUGUUUUAAUAGUAUUGGCUAUUGCCAAUACCAUGGAUUUACCGGAACGUUUACUUCAUCCACGAGUAGCCAGUCGUUUAGGCUUAACUAGACUUACUUUCGCACCUUAUUCUCACGAACAACUUGCUCAAAUUGUGCGACAUCAUUUAUCGUCUUUAUCAAAUAUGUUUCAGCCUAAAGCACUUGAAUUGGCUGCACGUAAGGUAGCUGCUGUUUCUGGUGAUGUGCGACGUGCUCUUGAUAUCUGCAAAAGAGCUGCUGAAAUUGUUUCAUCUAUUGGGAAAGGUAACAAAGAAAUAGAUAUUUCGCAUAUCAAUGCCGCUUUAAAAGAGAUGUUCACUACACCGAAAUCAGAAGCUAUAUGUGCUUGUUCAUUAUAUGAGAAAUUGUUUCUUCGUGCUGUUAUAGCUGAAUUUCAGGCGCGUUCAACAGAAGAAGCUCGAUUAGACCGGUGUAUUCGUCAAAUGUUUGCACUUUGUCGACUUGAAGGUGUUCCAUGUCCAACUACAUCAGAAGUAUUUGCUAUUUGUGCUAGUCUUGGAGCUCAUAAGCUAUUGUUAACUGAAAGAUCGCGAUGCGAUAUUUCAAUGCUUGUCCGUCUCAAUUGUACAAAGUCGGAUAUAUUAUACUGUUUAAAUCAACAACCUGACUUAUAAAUCUAAAAUAUACUGGACGAAUUACUCUAAACUUAGAAAGAGAUGUUUUAAUGGACGAUUAUCCAACCAAUCAUCUGUAUGUUCGAGAUUAUAUUUGUAUUUUUCAUUUCAAAAACGACAUACUGAUGUUCAUGCAUUUCAGUAAAUUUGUCGGUAUUAUAUUUAAUUGAUUCUAGUCCAUGUUUACAACUUUACCAUGGAUAAAAACUAAGAAUUUGUUUUUUAUGAAUCAAUGCAGUUAAUAAACUAGAUUAGAACUAGUUUAGCAUAUUUCUAUUAUAUCUAUUAAAUAAGCGUUAAUUAACUCUCCCAUUUCUCGAUAAUCCCACAUAUUUCUAAAUUCUUUUCUUAAAUCUGCUCAAAUCACUUUUUACUGACAAAUUUUUUAGUUGCAAUAUGUUAUUGUUUUGGGCCAGCUUUAACCGAACGAAAGUAACUAUAAAUUUAAAUUCAUCUUCCUAAUGAAUAGAUGAUCGUUUUCAUGUUUCUUCUUAAAAAUGUUUGCUUUGAGUCAUUCUACAACAGUUUCAUAGCUAAGUUGUCAUCUAAAGAACGCUAUCUCAUUUAAAUCUGACAUAAAAAACGUUAAUUGAAAAAUGUGAAA